AGGAGUGGGGACAAAGACUAUAAAAAGUCUACAUAGGUCAAUUCAUUUUUCCUCUUCUUUUCUUUGCCAAUUCCAAGCCCAGUAUUAAAAGUUGCUUUUGAAUUAUGACAACCAACUUUUCACCCACCAACUGAGUUUCUACAUUAGAAUUAUUGCACAAGUAUUUGUAUUUGUUGCCAAAAAAAAACACAAAAACAAAGAAUUCACUUCUAUUAAUAAUUCUCUUGAAGAGGAUUUCUUCUUGCUGUAACCGGAAAAGUUGGAGUUAUGGCCAAAGACGAUGUAGCUGAAGUUGUGGAGAAGUCGGAAGAGAUUGCUGCUGCACCUGCACGUAAUCGUGAUUCAAACUCAGAGGCUACAGUGGAAAAUUCAGCCGUGAAAGAUGAGGAUGGAUCAAGUAGAAACUGGUGGGUCUUUCCUUCAAGAGAGGAAAGUCAUGAUCCUGAAGAGCCAAUCCUUCAGAAGUGGAAGAAGAUAUUUGUAGCAUCAUGUCUGCUUGCUAUUUUACUGGAUCCAUUGUUUCUCUAUGUUCCUAUGAUGAAAGAUGAUAUCAAGUGCCUGCAGUCUGACAAAAACUUGAAGAUUGCUGCUCUUCUUUUGAGAUCAGUCACAGAUCUUUUCUAUAUAUUUGACAUCAUUUUUCAAAUUUAUACAUCUGAUUACUUUUCAGGUUUAAUUAAUGAAUAUCGAGGCAAACAGUAUUCCGACUACUCAAAAAUAAAUUUUUGUCGGGAACAUAUUGUGCCAAAAAUAGCUAAGAUAAUCGGGGAGUCAUGUAAUAUCUUAAUUGAUAUUUUGGCUAUUCUUCCGCUUCCUCAGGUUGCAAUUCUCAUUUUCUUUCCAGAAAUGAGGGACUUGAGAUCUUUCAACACAAUAAGGAUGGUUAUCAUGAAUCUUUUUAUUUUGUUGCAAUAUGUGCCACGAGUGUUUCGCAUCUACUUAUCAUGUAAGGAACUUAAAAGGACUCCAAAAAAACAGAAUGGAGAGACUGCCAAAUGGGUUAAAUGCGUCUUGAAUCUCCUUAUGUACGUCAUUGCUAGUCAUGUACUUGGUGCCAUAUGGUACUUUUUUGCUAUUCAGCGAAUGGGCAUUUGUUGGCAUAAUGCAUGUCGAAAAGUAAAUGGAUGUAACACUACUACCUUUGGAUGUCAUGACCAUCACACAUUUAGAAAUAUGACAUUUCUAAAUUAUUUGUGCCCUGUAAGACCGAUGAAUACAACGCUCUUCGAUUUUGGUAUAUAUAUUACAGUCCUUCAAUCUGGUAUAACGGGGUCAACAAAUUAUUUCGAAAAGCUCUCCAAUUGUUUUUGGUGGGGCCUGCAAAAUUUGAGUUCUUUUGGUUCAAACCUCGAGCCUAGUAUCAAUGGAUGGGAAAACCUCUUCGCGGCUUUUAUAUCUAUUAUUGGCUUGCUUUUAUUCUUAUAUCUCAUUGGAAAUUUGCAGGCAUACCUGCAGUUUGAUACCACAAGAAUAGAGACCCAUAGACACAAGAGGAGAGUGGAAGAGAAGAUGAAAGAGAAAGGUCAAAAGAUAGAGCUGUGGUUAUUUUGCAUCCCCGAAAGGUUGAAGGAGGAUAUGAAAUUGCUGAUCAUGGAGAAGGUUCGACAAGAACUUGAAGAAGACAGGGAUGCUGAUUUGAACUAUAUCCUCUCUACUCUUCCCAUGGACAUUCAAAGCAGUAUUAGAAGUGGUAUCCCUAUCACAAGGUUGACUCAAGUGCCAAUAUUUAAAGACAUGGAUGAAAAAGUGUUGAAAGCAAUCUGUCGGUAUCUUAAGCCAAGGAGGUAUGCUAAAAACGGUACCAUUACUCAAGAGGGUGGACCACUUGAAAUGAUGCUCUACAUUGUGAACGGAUUUGUAAACAUUGAAGAAAGAGAUGGUUCUAAUAACUUGCAACGAGGUGCAAGAGAAGUAUAUGGAGAAGAACUUCUACGUUGGCCAUUGUCGAACUCAUUUCCCCACGUAUUACCGUCGGCAACGUUGUCUGCUACGGCAGGAAGUGAUGUUGUAGCCCUUGCUCUCACGGCCACAGACUUAGACAGUGUGGUCUCUGAAUUCGGAAGGCAAUAUUUCUUUGGGAUGAUUACAUGUAAAAUGUUCAGUGUAAAAGAAGUGGAGAAGGCAACAGACACUUACCAUGUAAGUAGAUUCAUCAGAAGGCAACAAACAAUUACCUCUAGAGGAGUCUCUACAAGAGUUUACAAAGGGGUGCUAGCAGAUAAAACAGAGGUUGAGGUAACGAGGUACACAGUGAAUUGUUCCUAUGAUGAUUAUCCAUAUUUGGUUAAACUGGUGGCUGUUGCUUCUCGUACCAACCACAAAAAUUUGGUGAGGCUCUUAGGUUGCUGUUUGGAAGGACAAACAAUUGCACUGGUUUCUGAGUACAUUCCGAAUGCCUGUACUCUUUUUCAACGCAUUCAUGGAGAAGAAGGAGAAGAAGGCAAACCAUCAUCACCACUUUCAUUGGAGUUACGAAUGAAGAUAGCAUCUGAAACCGCAGGAGCCCUAGCUUACUUACGCUCAUUAACUACCACGCCAAUCUUACCCUCUUUUGUGUCGACAACAAGUAUACUUUUGGAUGAUAAUUGCACGGCAAAGUUGUGCAGCUUUGGACUUAGAUUUGUGCCCAAUGAUAGCCGGUAUUCAUUGUCAUCUAUAAGGCAAGGAUGCUUCGACCCUGAAUCAAAGACACUAAUAGAAAGGCUGGACGUCUAUGGCAUUGGAGUUGUCCUAGCGGAGCUUCUAACAGAUCCAAAUGCAAUUUCUUCAUCAGGGGAUCGUGACUUGACGAAGCUGGUAAACUCAUUUCUAGAGGAUCGCUUGAAAGAAAUUCUCGAUCGUAAAAUAAUAUUGAAGGAAGGAGAUUUUAGGACAGCCAAAAAAGUGGCACAUCUGGCAACAAGAUGUUUAAGGUAUGAAAAGGAGGAAAUGCCUUCCAUGAAAGAAGUAGUCGCGGAGCUUGAGGGAAUAUUGCGCAUUCUUAGGGCAGAGCAAGGUGGAGAAGCUAGCUUCUCUUGAUCUCCCAAAAGGAAACAACCACUUUGUAACCAAAAAAGUAAAAAAAAAGGUAAAUGUGCAUUUGUUAGUUAUAGAUGACUAACAUAUGUGUGUCGCCUACUUGCAACAACAUUGGUCGGUAAAUCAAACUAAUUUCGGCUAUGUUUUUGGAAUUUUGAAUGUUUCAGUAUUUGAGACAUUAUCUUUAUGUAUAUAUUAUAUUAUAUUGAGUUUUUCUA